GCGUGCUCGACGCUUCAGGCCAGUGGGGAUCGCUGAUAAAAGUCAUCGUGUCCCAUUUCAUCGUGGCCGUGGGACUUGUGGCCAAUUCUCUGACAUUUGUAGUCAUGAAGAGCCCGAGACUGCGGUACAAGUCAUAUUCACAUUAUCUCAGUGCUCUGGCCAUAUUUGACAGCCUUGUUCUUAUCAACCAAGAAAUCCACAUGGUUAAUGAAAUCCAGGGAUAUAAUAACAGCACAAGGUUUUUCUCUGUGUUCUCUGAUGACGCAUGUAAGGUGUUUAUGUUUUUCGACACCGUUUGCAACUUGAUGUCAUCAUGGCUAAUCGUUGCUAUGGCAAUGGAGCGACUCUGCGUAGUCUGCACGCCCUUUCGGCGGAACAUGUGGUGUCAACAAAGGGGAGCAAUCGUUAUUAUUUUCACUCUCUUCUGCGUAUUGUCUUGCACCCAGAUCUUCAGAUUUAUCAUGGUAGAAAACGACGGAGAAGUGUGUAUGGGAUCCCGUGUGCACCAAGAUCUUUACGUUCUGCUCCACAUAUAUACCUACCAGUUUACGUUGUUAUUCAUAGCACCACUCCUCCUCAUUCUCAUCUGCAACAUCGGGGUGCUCAUUCGUAUCUUAAGUGUGGAAAAUGCCACAAACAAUGAAGAUUCGUACACCACAAGGGUUGGAGGUAAUACCAGAAGACGCAGGAGAACCACACGGAUGUUGAUGGCUAUAUCUUUCACUUACGUUGUGACAACCCUGCCCCAGGUGGUGCUCACCAUAACGGUUCACGCUUUGGUAAAAAAGUACAAGAACGGGAUCAAACAUGUGUUCAUGCACGCUGUGCAUUGGAUACAUAUAUUCCAG